AAAAAGCCUCAACAUUUUGUUCUUCUCUCAUUUUUUUGUCUUCUUCUUAUUUGACAAGAAGCAGCUCAUUGAUUUUGUCUUUGAUCGAACUCUGUAAUAUCUAGCUGUAACACGGAUUCGCGGAAUACUCAUUUGUCUCGAAUUGCUUAAGAUCUCAAAUUCAGAUCAUCGCUGGUUGUCGGAGAUCUAAAUGCGGUCUGGGAGAAGACCAAAGGAGCUAAUAGGAAUCGAGCAUCGUCGGAUUUGAGAGGAAGAUCGAGAUAGGAGCAGGGGGAGGUGAUGUUGUUUGGAUUGGGAUUGGGAUUGGGAUUAGGGUUAUAUGCGAUAGGAAUCAUCAGGUUAAAGGAGGAGGAGGAUGCAACUUCAGAUAUCGCCAAGCAUGAGAAGCAUCACGAUAUCGAGCAGCAAUGAUUUGAUGAAGAUCAAAGUCGCACCUCGUCACAUCUCUUACCGUACUCUCUUCCACACUAUCUUAAUCCUCGCCUUCCUCUUGCCUUUCGUCUUCAUCGUUACCGCUCUUGUCACCCUUGAAGGUGUCAACAAGUGCUCCUCCAUUGAUUGUUUAGGGAGGCGGUUAGGACCACGUUUUCUCGGUAGGAUAGAUGAUUCAGAGCAGAGACUAGUUAGAGACUUUUACAAAAUUCUAAACGAAGUAAGCACUCAAGAUAUUCCAGAUGGCUUAAAGCUUCCAGCUUCUUUUCGCCAGCUUGUUUCCGAUAUGAAGAACAACCACUACGAUGCCAAAACAUUCUCCCUCGUCCUUCGAGCUAUGAUAGAGAAGUUUGAAAGGGAUAUAAGAGAAUCCAAGUUUGCGGAACUUAUGAACAAACACUUUGCCGCAAGUUCGAUUCCAAAAGGAAUCCACUGUCUCUCUUUAAGACUAACCGAUGAGUAUACCUCCAAUGCUCACGCUCGAAGACAGCUUCCUUCCCCUGAGCUCCUCCCUCUUCUCUCAGACAACGCUUACCACCAUUUUGUUCUGGCUACGGACAAUAUCUUGGCUGCUUCGGUUGUGGUCUCAUCAGCUGUUCAAUCAUCUUCUAAACCCGAGAAAAUUGUCUUCCAUGUUAUCACUGACAAGAAAACCUAUGCGGGGAUGCACUCUUGGUUUGCGCUUAACUCCGUUGCUCCUGCGAUCGUUGAAGUCAAAAGCGUUCAUCAGUUUGACUGGCUAACAAGAGAGAAUGUUCCGGUUCUCGAAGCUGUGGAAAGCCAUCACGGUAUCAGAAACUAUUACCAUGGGAAUCAUAUCGCUGGUGCAAACCUCAGUGAAACAACUCCAAGAAGAUUCGCUUCGAAGUUGCAAUCAAGGAGUCCCAAAUACAUUUCUUUGCUCAACCAUCUUAGAAUAUAUCUACCUGAGCUGUUUCCAAACUUGGACAAGGUGGUGUUCUUAGAUGAUGAUAUAGUGAUCCAGCGAGAUCUAUCUCCUCUGUGGGAUAUUGAUCUUCACGGGAAGGUAAAUGGAGCAGUGGAGACUUGUAGAGGAGAAGACGAGUGGGUUAUGUCAAAGCGUUUUAGGACCUACUUCAAUUUCUCUCACCCUCUUAUCUCACAGCAUUUGGAUCCGGAAGAAUGUGCUUGGGCUUAUGGAAUGAAUAUCUUUGAUCUACGGACUUGGAGGAAGACAAACAUCAGAGAAACUUAUCAUUCUUGGCUCAAAGCGAAUCUGAAGUCGAAUCUAACAAUGUGGAAGCUUGGGACAUUGCCUCCAGCGCUGAUUGCAUUCAAAGGGCAUGUUCAGGCAAUAGAUUCGUCUUGGCAUAUGCUUGGGUUAGGAUAUCAGAGCAAGACCAACUUAGAAAACGUGAAGAAAGCUGCAGUGAUUCACUACAAUGGCCAAUCAAAGCCGUGGCUGGAGAUAGGGUUCGAGCACCUGAGGCCAUUCUGGACAAAAUAUGUGAACUACUCAAAUGAUUUCAUUAAGAGUUGUCAUAUCUUGGAAUAGCAAACAGAAAAGCAUUCAGAUAAUCUUGAAGCGACCUGGAGAUUUUUUUCGGAUUUUAGCUGGGGUGAUGAAACCAGUUACAGAGCUGCAGGAGAAAGAUUCAUUCUUCUGUAAAGAUAGAAGGUAUCCUUUUGUUGAGAUUCUUUUCGGUUUCGAUUAGAGAUUCCAAAUUGUUGGAUCUGUUACAAGAAAAAAAAAAGGUUUAUGGGACACACCAGAAGAGGAUUUUUGGUCAUGAUUGAUAGACCAAAAGGAGAGCAACGACAACAAGACUGUUACAUUUGUUCCUGAUUUUUUUGACAGUUACUAUUUGAUUUCAUUGGUUGUUACUGUUUAGUGAAUUUAUUAAGAACAUUAUUGCUUUGUUAAGGUCCCAUUUAUGACACCAAUCAUGAGACUUUUCUUGAUGCCGAGGUUACCACUUGAUGAUGUUGAUGGGUAAAGUAAAGAACAUGAUAUUAGUUGAUAAAUAUUUUGAUGUAUAUUAUGUCAUGAAGAAAGGUAUUCUUCUUUUUUUUUUAGUUUUAACUGCUUGUUUUGUCCAAAAGGCUUUCACAUGUAAGAAAAAAAAACUAUUACAGAACAAGUAAAGCAUGUAAGAAAUUCUUGGAACACAUAAAAAGGGGGGGGUAAUAAAAAGUAGUUUAUGGACUGAUGGGAAAAUUCAAAGGCGCAUAGAAGGGAAGAAUGUGAGAGAAAAGUGGAAGCUUUGACCGCCAUUGAUUCUCUACACUCACGUCAUCUCCUCAUCUCAUUUCCCAACUCUCUCUCUCUGAUGCGUGUUCUUGUCUUUCCUUUAGAUUCAUUGGCUCAGAUCAGUCACAGAGCCAAAAAAGGAAAACGGGCCGAAGACAGUGAAAGAGGUGAAGUUGAUAAGCGCAGGGAAAGUUUUGGACAACAACAAGACUGUUAAAGACUACCGAAACCCCGUCUCUAAUCUCGUAGGUGCUGUCACCACAAUGCACGUUAUCAUCCAACCUCUGCUUACUGAAAAAG